CCCCUCCAAAAAACAAAACCCACACCAACGCAUCCAAACCACACGGCCACGACCGACCGAUGGCCCAGCCACCGGCGGCGACGACUCCGGCAGCGGCGUACGGGUGCGCGGCGUGCGGCGCGGACCUGAACCUGUCGGCCUCCCACCUGUACCCGGCGAGGACCUACUUCGAGGCCGGGAACAAGGGCACGCUGUCCUUCAGCUGGGUGGACGAGUCGCGGCUGCGGUUCGCGGCGGAGGACCGGAUCCGCCCCUUCUUCGAGACGCUCGACUACUGGGGCAUCCAGCGGAAGCGCACCCGCGUCAGCUGCGACGCCUGCGGCAAGCUCCUCGGCCACGUCUACGACGACGGGCCCCCGCUCAUGGACGGCACCGGCCAGCUCGGAAUGGGCCCCAGCCAGGUCGUCCCCCGCCGGCCCAGGUACCGGUUCAAGGUCAAGGCCGUCACCGCCGCCGGUUCCUCCGCCGCCGCCGCGCGCUGACCGCUGAGUUGAGAAGCUUGAUUCGUCCCGUGGCGAUGCUUGCUUACAGUUACAGAUGUGUUUCCUUCCUGCUGUAAAUCAGUACUACUACUACUAGAUGUAAAAAAUGUGGAAUUUACUGUGGAUUGUGUGUGAAAUCGAAGAUGUUGUGAUCAUCAA